CUCGGGCUGAACUUCUGGGGGCUGAAGUUUUGGAGGAGUCCGAAGGAGAGGGAAAGGGGCUCUCACUGCUGCUGCUCUUUUUUUGGGGGGAAAAAAAAAAAAAAAAAAAAAAACAACCAAAAAACCACCCUCUCGUUUUUGUUUUUGAAACCUCGCUACAUUUUUUAGUCCAAACCACCUGAAGGUGUGAGGGUGAGAGACAGAGAGGAAAGCGGGGAGGACGAAGGGGAGGAAGGAGAGACGGAGAGAGGGAGAGUGGCGAGGCGCUGAGAGUCCCGAGGCAGCAGGAAGGGUGCAGGCACUGCCGCUGAGAGGAGAUCGAGAGACAGGGGGUGCACUUGACAACCAGCAUGCAGAGAUGUCAGAAGAGGCAGAAGUGGAUGUGAGAGACAGACACACACAGAGACACAGAGAGCGAAAGAGGGCAAGAGACUUGACUUUAAGAGACUCCUGCACUGACAACUCCAUGCAGUUCGGAACAAGAACGGCAGCGACCGACUCUGGUUUCAUGGGGACAUGGCAGAACACUGACACUAACCUCCUGUUCAGAAUGUCCCAACAGGCCAUCCGCUGUACACUGGUAAAUUGCACAUGUGAAUGUUUUCAGCCAGGGAAGAUUAACCUGAGAACCUGUGAUCAGUGUAAACAUGGCUGGGUGGCACAUGCCUUGGACAAGCUUAGUACUCAGCACCUCUACCACCCAACCCAAGUAGAGAUUGUGCAGUCCAAUGUUGUGUUUGACAUCAGCAGCCUGAUGCUUUACGGUACCCAGGCUGUGCCUGUGAGACUGAAGAUACUACUUGACCGACUCUUCAGUGUACUGAAGCAAGAGGAGGUGCUGCAUAUUCUACAUGGCUUAGGCUGGACACUUCGAGACUACGUUCGAGGCUACAUCCUUCAGGAUGCUGCAGGCAAGGUGCUGGACCGCUGGGCCAUAAUGUCCAGGGAAGAAGAGAUCAUUACCCUUCAGCAGUUCCUGAGAUUUGGAGAAACCAAAUCCAUUGUGGAGCUGAUGGCAAUUCAAGAAAAAGAAGGGCAGGCUGUGGCUGUGCCAUCUUCAAAGACAGAUUCAGAUAUAAGGACUUUUAUUGAAAGCAAUAAUCGCACCAGGAGCCCAAGUCUCCUUGCUCACCUGGAGAAUAGUAACCCUUCCAGCAUUCAUCAUUUUGAAAACAUCCCGAAUAGCCUUGCAUUCCUCCUACCAUUCCAAUACAUAAAUCCAGUCUCUGCUCCACUGUUGGGGCUGCCUCCAAAUGGCCUCCUGCUGGAACAGCCAGCAAUGAGGCUCCGUGAACCAAGCCUUACAGCUCAAAAUGAAUAUAAUGAGAGCAGUGAAUCUGAAGUUUCGCCUACACCUUUCAAGAAUGAGCAGACAUCCAGCAGGAAUGCUUUGACCAGCAUCACAAAUGUUGAACCCAAAACUGAGCCACCCUGUGUCUCUCCUGUUCAGACGCCUACUCCUGUCAAUGAUUUAUCGAAAACAGAACAUACUAAAAGUUCAUUCCGCAUUCACAGAAUGAGGAGAAUGGGGUCUGCCUCUAGAAAAGGAAGAGUGUUUUGUAAUGCAUGUGGCAAAACUUUCUAUGACAAAGGUACGCUUAAAAUCCACUACAAUGCUGUUCACCUGAAAAUCAAGCACCGGUGCACUAUUGAGGGCUGCAACAUGGUCUUCAGCUCUCUCAGAAGCCGCAAUCGUCACAGUGCUAAUCCCAACCCCCGCCUCCACAUGCCUAUGCUAAGAAAUAACCGAGACAAAGAUCUAAUUCGUGCUACAUCAGGUGCUGCCACCCCGGUCAUAGCAAGUACAAAAUCCAGCCUAACUUUAACAAGCCCUGGGCGUCCACCGAUGGGAUUUACCACUCCUCCUCUAGAUCCUGUACUACAGAAUCCUCUUCCCAGUCAGCUGGUGUUUCCAGCUUUGAAGACUGUUCAGCCUGUUCCUCCUUUUUACAGAAAUUUACUUACUCCUGGAGAAAUGGUGAGUCCUCCAACCUCCCUCCCUACCAGUCCAAUAAUACCAGCAGCAAGUGGCAUGGAGCAGCAUCCCCCUCCUCCUUCAGAGUCAUCAGUACCAUCAGUGCUGAUGCCCACCUCAGAGCCUAAUGCUGAUCUUGCCCCUAAGAAGAAGCCAAGGAAGUCGAGCAUGCCAGUUAAAAUAGAAAAGGAAGUUAUUGAUACUGCUGAUGAAUUUGAUGAUGAAGAUGAAGAGGUGAAUGACAGCAGCACAAUAGUAAAUGACAUUGGUCAUGACAAUCACUGCCAUUCUCAGGAAGAAAUGAGCCCAGGCUUGUCUGUGAAAGACUUUUCCAAAACUGACAGAAGCAGAUGCAUUUCCAGACCAGAUAUAAGAAGGGCAGACAGUAUGACAUCGGAAGACCAGGAGCAUGAGAGAGACUAUGAAAAUGAGUCCGAGUCAUCAGAGCCCAAACUGUGUGAAGAAUCCAUGGAAGGUGAUGAUCGCCUCCAUGAACCUGUUGAAAAAUCCAUGAUGCACAGUGACAGACCAGAUGAAAACCACAAUGACUCUUCUAACCAGGAUGUCAUUAAGGUGAAGGAAGAAUAUACAGACCCUACAUAUGAUAUGUUCUACAUGAGCCAAUAUGGACUGUACAAUGGAGGAAGUGCCAGUAUGGCUGCCCUUCAUGAAAGUUUUGCUUCCACAUUCAACUAUAACAGCCCUCAGAAGUUCUCCCCAGAAGGUGAAAUGUGCUCAAGCCCAGACCCCAAGAUCUGCUACGUGUGCAAGAAGAGUUUCAAGAGUUCCUACAGUGUGAAGCUUCACUACAGAAACGUUCAUUUAAAAGAGAUGCAUGUCUGCACAGUGGCUGGCUGUAAUGCUGCGUUCCCAUCACGGAGAAGCAGAGACAGACACAGUGCUAAUAUAAACCUGCACCGUAAACUGUUGACCAAAGAACUGGAUGACAUGGGCCUGGACUCCUCACAGCCUUCUCUUAGUAAGGACCUUCGUGAUGAAUUUUUGGUGAAGAUAUAUGGCACUCAGCAUCAGAUGGGGCUUGACAUAAGGGAAGACACCUCCUCGCCUGCUGGUACUGAGGAUUCCCAUAUGAAUGGGUAUGGCAGGGUCAUGUCAGAAGACUAUAUGGUUCUAGACCUGAGCACCACCUCCAGCAUCCAGUCCAGCAGCAGUAUCCAUUCCUCAAGAGAAUCUGAUGCAGGAAGUGAUGAGGGCAUUCUCCUUGAUGACGUCGAUGGGGCAAGUGACAGCGGGGAAUCUGCCCACAAAGCAGAUGCCCCUGCCUUAGCUGUAGGUAUGGGCACCGAUGUCCCAGGAUCCCUCAUGUUCAACAGUGUUUCGGUGAGCAACGGUGGGAUAAUGUGUAACAUUUGCCACAAAAUGUACAGCAACAAGGGAACUCUCAGAGUGCACUAUAAAACAGUGCACUUGCGAGAGAUGCACAAAUGCAAAGUCCCUGGGUGCAACAUGAUGUUCUCCUCUGUCCGUAGCCGAAACCGGCACAGUCAGAAUCCCAACCUGCAUAAAAACAUUCCCUUCACUUCAGUAGAUUAGUUCAAGGAUGGACAUGGCAUAAUGCCAGCUCUCAGAGAGGGCCCACCACAUUUGAACUGCCAUAUACAGCCUCCCUUGAUAUACAUAUAUAUAAAUAUACAUAUAUAUAUAAUCUUUUUCUUUUCUUUUUUAACAAAAGAAAGAAAUACCAGGUGCUUUUUUUCCCUUCAUUGGUUGUUGGGUUUUUUUUUUCUUUUUUUGGGGGGAUAGAAACAAAAAAGGUGGGAUCUUUAAUCUGGGGUGAAAUACCCUUCUAGAGAAAAAGCAAACAAAAACAAAAAACAAAACCACAGAAAACUUGCAGUUGUCCCUAGUUGUGUUAGAAUGUUCUUGGUCAUCUCCAAAGAGACAAUUUGUUCUACCCAUGACUUUCACCUGAAAAAAAAAAAAAAAAUUGCAAAGAAAAAAAAAAGAAAAAAAAUCUACUUAGUUGUCUUUGUGUCUUCUAAGCAUUGGGGAUAACGUUCUACUAAGCAUGGCUGUUACACUUGUAUAUAUAUAUUGAGCCUUGACAGGCCUAUGAUGUAAAACAAUUGUAUUGAUGGUGGUUUAACUCUUUUUUUUUUUUGCUUAAUUUUUACAGUUACAUUCAGCUGUUAGAUAAGCAGGAAAAAUAGUUUGCUGGCUAGUUCUACUCAUUUAUGUUAGCUUUAAUGCACAUUUUUAAAAGAACCACGGUCUUGUUUUAACUACCUGCUAGAUAUAAGUAAUACAGAGGUGCUGGCAUGCUUUACAGUACCUGAUCUGAUACCGUUUUUUUGUCUUGUACUAUUACAUAAAUCCAGUCAUGCACUUUUUCGUACACUACGAGGGGAUGUGUAAUAAUAUCCAUGCUUUUUUUUUUCUUAAACUAUUGCCAUACUUUCAGUAAGUGUCUUUAAGAAAAUACACUUAGAUAAAAGCGGUCUGGUCAGUAUGAGGGCAUGAAUGCCAAACAAAGAGUAUUAGUGUUUAGUGUUAAUACAAAAGUGCCAACUUUGCACACAUUUUGAAAAAAGAAAAUGUAGUUACUUAUUCACCACAACCACAGUUGUAGUUUUUGGACUACGGUAAAAUACUGGGGAGGGAAACGGGGUAAAGCAAAAUACAGAAUUCUUGGUGCUUUUUUCAAGUGCCAACUAUUACUAGAAACAAUAGAGCAUCCUCAUUCCGUAUAUAACGCAUUACAUGAAAGAAAAAACAGAAUUGUGUCACGUGAAUUGGUGUAAACUUUUUUUUUGUUGAACAUGCAUAAUAUUUGGGGAUAUAAAUGCUGAUACUACUUGUCACGGAACAAAGAUGAAUAUAAUUUUGUGUGCUUCUUACUAUGGCCUGGAUUUUUUGUGGUGUUUUUAAAAAAAAGGAACAGGGAAAUAAUGUUAACUAUGUUAACUAUGUUGUUCUGUAAAGUUGUCUUUUUUUGCAGUGGAAAGUUCUGUAGUAUGAUUAAGGCAUGUUUUAUAGAAGCAAUCAAAAGAUGUUAAAGGCAGAAGCACUUAGAAGCUCUGAGAACACAUGCUGGAAUUUUUAUUGGGUAACUUUCCCUUCGGAUAAAUUGCAGAUCAGAAAAAGGAUCUCUAGUUGUGUUAAUGUUUUGUGUUUCACCCACAUGGUUUGUCAGAAAAGAACCGAAGUCCGAGAAAUAGAGCGAGCAAGAGACAGAGCAUGGGCAGGAGAGGGAGAAGGAGCUAGCCAUUGAGAAAAACAGAGAGAAUGAGAAGCUGUCCUCUGAAUCUUUUUUGUUUCUGGUGUUUACACAUGUUGCUUGAGCUGGUAAACCACACUGGCAGGCUGAGUUACCACAACACACUGACUGAGUGAUGGUAUUUACUUAUGUUCAGCCUACAGCCAAAACCAUUAGAGUGCGUGUUGUAGACUCUUUUCUACAGAAACAACAGCAAAAACAAAGGCAAAGCAAAACAAAAACUCACAAAAUAAGGGAUAUUUCAGCAUCCAAUAAAAUAUUUGUUCAUUGAGAAUGUGUUCCUUUUCUGUACUUACUGACCCAGAAUAUUAGCCCAGAGUCAGAAAUGCUCCUUUUGCUUCAGCUUGUGGCUGUUUUGAUUUGUUGCGCAUUUUGAUCAUUCUUAUCUUUAUGUGCACAUCAGUACUUACUCCUGUUACAUUUUUCUAGAGGAACCUCUUAAUAUAGAUUUCCUCUUUUAUAGUACUCUUUAUGCAUUGCAGUACUCUUGUUUCCAAAAGUAGUAAUCAAUAGCUAAUAAAUCAGUAUUUUCAGCUGUAGAAAAGAAGAGAAAAAUCUUUCUACGUGAAUUCUCACUGUGCUUCUAUGGGUUACAAGCCUCUGAUCAUUUUUUGAUUCUGUGCACUGGUGAAGCCCUGAAAACUUCUGUGGAUCCCACAGAAACUAUAAUGAAAGUUUGCCUUCUGGUUUAACAAAAAGAAAGUUUAUAGCAAAAGCAAAGCAGUUUCACUAACUGUUUUUCUUUCAUCUUUUUUUAUUUUUCCUUGAAGUCUCUACUAUUUUCCCUUGUUAAAUUGAGUAUAGAGAUCUGCUUUGCUUUGUUUUAUGUUGUGCAAGCUCAGUGUGUUAGUGACAGAGGAAAAUUAGAACAGUAAAGAUGCAUUCCUCUAAAACACAUGGACUUUUGUAGGGUUACCUGCACUGCACUCCUGCCCCUCCUCCCAGGCUACUAGGAACCAAGCAAGACAGAAAGUCUAAAAACCAAUACAACAAAAAAUUGAAUAAUUUCUACAGGGAAAACAAAACAAAAGAAAACAAAAACACUGUUUUGAAUGAUGUAUGUUAUAAAUAAAUAUUGUUUUCAAUGAAAAACAUUUGAGGUAUAUAAAUAAUUCCUCACUGAAUGGUUCUGCAUUCUUAUUUCAUUCUCUUUCUGUUAGAGGUCAAAUGGUUUUGGAAAAACUGUUUGGAAAAGUAAACAUCAUCAGUAGAUAAAUUCAGCAGAUUAAUUACAUAGGAAAAAUUUGUUUAUUACACAAAAUGAAACAGGAUUUUUAAAAAGGUAAAACUGCAGGGAUAAACUUUCAAAAACUGCUACAAGCCCCACAGUCCUACUUUUAUGGCAUCCUAAACUUCAUUCAGAUUUUGCUUAAGCCCUGUAGGAAAUACCAUCUCCAUGCAAGUAGGAAUUUUAUUAUGGACAGAAUAUUUCCGCCUGUUAUUUCUAGGUGACUCAAGUGCUUUUUCAGUGCUAGUGAUACUGAUGUCAGAACAGUCUUGGUUUUAGGAGGGCACGCAAGCUACUAUUAAACUGAGUGGUAUUUCACUCCUUCCUAUUUACCAAGCGUCUUUAUGAAAAUCUGUAUUUAUCAGAAUUGUUCCUGUGUUAGAAUUUCUAUUCCUUGAAAUUGUCUGAACAAUGGUGAAAAAAAGGCUGGACGGUAGAAGUUUGGUUUUACUGACAAAAUUAACAAAACAGCUAGCAUUUCUAGGUGACCUUAGCAAAGACCCACACUGCAACAGGCACAAAGACUAAACUUCUCAUUCGUCCAGCACAAGGCAUGAACUGUAAUGGUGUGAUGCUGACAAGUGUUGGACAGUUGCUUAUGCCAUCAUAAUCCUGUGGCUAGUCCUUCAGUUUGCAAAAUUGCCAGUCCACAUUUUUUUUACAAGAGUUAGACUGAAUUUGAGGAAUUUCAGUCGUAUAGAGAUUCUUCAUUUUACAUGGAAUAGGACCUUUGUUGUUAGGAUCCUAUAAUUAUUGCUGGCAUGCUUUUCACAUUGUUUUACUGUUUUGUUCAUUCAAAAUAGUCAUAUUUUUCUGUAAAUAUCAAACAGGCUUUGUCUUCUUCAAGAAAAUAACUCUGCACACUGAAUCUCUUCUGGAAUCAAAAUUAUUUUCUUUUUAAGCAUUUUUCUUUCUUUUGGAGAGUGUUUUUUUUUUCUUUUUUUUUUUCUUUUUUUCAGGAAAGCAUGUGAUGCCAGUUAAUCACCAAGUAAUUUUUGAAAAACUGUAUCAAAUACUUUGGAAGGAAAAUAGCAGAGUAUAAGCACAAGAACAGGAACCAGGACUUGAACAUCCAUAACUCUGGUGGCCCUUCUCACUGCUUAGUUUUCGACAGAUCACAUCACUCAAAUGUUUGUGUUUCUCUCUGUUAAAAUAUGGCUAUUACUGAUAUGACCUUAGUCCAAAACCUUAUUAUUAAAGAACUAAUUUACAUCAAUUUAAAUAUUUUUGCGCACCUCACAGUAUUUAGUCAGUUUUCCUGAAAUACGUAGGUUGCUCCAAAAAUAAUGCCUCCUAUUUAUUUCCCUGGAAACUAGAACAAAUCCAAAGAGCACAAUAGAAUUAUUUGAUGAUAGAGCAAAUUCUUAGCCACAGAACAGUUUUUCAACAUUGCCACCACCAUUAGGUAUGCAUUUUUGCCAGUCUCAUACAAAUCUGCACCAGCAGAGGUGACCUGCUGUUGCUGCCACCACUGCUGAAACGCACCACCCACCAUCUCACUGUGCUCACAUACACUGUUUGGUCUCCAUAAACAUUCGACAAGCAUCAAUAAAUGUCAGUAGGUGCAAGUUUUUUUGCAUGGAGGAACUCAAUUCCACCCCUUUACUUCAUAUGCACUUCCAUGUCAGAUGGCAUUCUGUCAAGAGCGCCCCUCUGCUGCCAUCUGUCACACAGCAACAACAUGUGAUGGAAUAUUGGUGGAAAGGUUCAGCCUCUUCUGCCAUACCACCAGCAUCCAUCUCUGACAUUGUGGGACAACAAUGAAAUAGGAGGCAUUACUUUCAGAGCUGCCCUUGUAUAUCUCAACCAGAUACAUUUUGUUAUGGCUGAGAUUUUAACUUUGUGUCUUAAACUGCACCUGGCUCCAUGCUGACACUGCAGUAAUGCACACAAACUAUAGGCACUCUGCCACUGAGGCACAAUUGAACUUAAUACAAUUUGGAAAGUAUAGAUUAGAAAGGCUGUUAGCACAUACACAUACUAUGAAAGAUCUCUUACAGGCUUUUCCUGUCUAAGCUCAUAAAAUUCGUGCUUCCCAGGUACUUUACACAGCAGAAAUUGUUCACCAUAUUUGCUGUGAGUAAACUACAGUGUAUUUCCUUCCUUCCCUCCUUCCCUCCUUCCUUCCCUCCUCCCUUCCUUCCUCCCUUCCUCCCUUCCUCCCCUUUUUCCUUCCUUCCUCCCUCCUUUCUUCCUUCUUUCUUUCCCUUCAUUCCCUCUCCCUCCCUUUCUUCCUUCCUUUGUGAAAAUGAAAGUGUAAUUUCUCUGCUUAUUCUAGAAGUUUAUGUUUUCCAUCACCUUUGCAUUUCCCAUUUCAUCCCCCAAAAUGGAACUGUUUAGGAAAAAUAAUCAAGUCAGGUACUGAACAGGAGAGCAGCUGCCAGCGGAGGCCAGCACCUCUGUUGGUACAGUCCAGUCCAGCUCAUAGAAAAUGAGGCUGCAGGCAUCCACUUCAGUUUUCUCUGAGUUUUAGUCUUCUCAAUUAAACCAGUUAAGGAUCUAGCAUAGCUAAUUAUGUGAGGUAGGAAUGUGCUUCAACAGCAAGACAAAGAGCUGUGUGAUUAUCUGGAAAGAUCAGGAACAUAAUGAUACAUGGUUCAAUCUGUUCUGAAGACAGGAACCACUUAGAAGACUGAGAUUUAGUUCCAAAAUUUUCUCUUUCCAUGCACUUGGUAAUUUAAAAUGAAAGUAUGUGGUUAGGCCUGUUUUUCACAGGAUUGUUAGGAAUCUCAGCCACCAUCAGAAAACAUGGCAUCUUUUAAGAAUACAUUUUUACUCAGAUUCUGCAGAACAUUUUCACAUCUUUGGUGGCCAGAGAAGGAAUAAGGGAGGGAAAGUAUUUGAUCCAGAAAUACACACAUGCUCCUUGAAAUGUUAGAUGCAAGUUAUGUGAAGAGAAUUAUUAGUCCUUCUUCAUCCCAAGAAUGUUUAUGUCACUCCCUCUUUGGGUUGUAUUAACAGAAGUAUUCAUUUUUAUUUCAAAAAAGCAGCAAAAGCAUCUGUAGUAAGAGCAAGGAGGCAGCAGGAGUUCUCUGUGUUGAGAAGGUGAGUGGCAGACACAAGAUGGCAGGUGGUAUAUGUCCAGUCCCUUCUUAAAUUUUUUUUCUUUUGUCACUACUUUGCUACUAUAGUAACUCAACAAAACAGUGACUCUGGUGCUACUCUGCAAGAUAAGUAUCAGCGUAUCCUGCUGUCGCCACAUGAUGAGUUGGUUUUUUUUCCCCCUCCUGUAGAGACAUAAAAGGAACUCUUUUCCAUACCCAUUUUUUUCUUUAGAGCAACAUCAUAUGAUGGACCGAACCUUUCACCCACAUGUUUGCCCAAGUACAUGUCUGUUCCAGUCCCAUGGUUUCUGUCUCUUCUUGCCAAGCAGCAUUAUCACUGCCUUUGAAAUGGCCUGCAACAGACUGAAGCAGCAACUUUUUUUACAUGAGUAAUAUUAUCUUGAAUCAGUAGUUAACUAGUCUUCAUGUGGCUUGUAUUCUCCAGUCAAGCCAUGAUCUUGAAUGACAGUUUGAGUGACAGCUUUGAUUUUUAUAUUGAACUUGUAUAUCUCAAUACUGUUGCUGUUAUGUUCGGUAUUGGCACUGAAAAGAAAGCAUUUCUUGGCCAUGGAAGGGUUAAAAAAUGGACAUGUUUUUGACAAGUCCUCUGACUUUUGCCAGUAUUAUUGUUCAUUAUGAUGACACUGUAUUUUUUUUUAAUAGCAGCUGUAGUUGUCAUAAGACUAUUUUCCCAUUCCUCUCCUUUAAAGUGUGGUGUUGUAAAUUCAUGUGACCUUUCCUGCAAAGAAUAAAUAUUUCUUUUUUUAUAUAAGAUCUCAAGACAAGGCUUGGUUUGUAACAAAUAGUGGCCCAUUACAAAGAGGAGGAAAAAAAAAUACUAGCUGAGCAGCAAGAUGCUUCAGUUCAAUUUCACCUCAUAUCUUUCUAAUAACUUACUUGUCACUUUAUUACCUUCCAGUAAUGUGAAUGCUGCUGACAAGACUGUCACACUAACAGCAGACAACACCCUCUCUUGCUUAGCCCCAGCUCUCCUGGCUACUUAUUGCACUGGCCCUGAAGGGACACAAACUAAUAGUGUGCUUUCAAGUUCAGCACUUGGCCAUCAAAUAUAAAAGGAUGCGUAAUUGCCUGUUUAUCCCCUGUGAAGGGGAAAUUGAGUAUAAGAACCAGGCUUUCCGUCCCUGUUCCUUGACACACACACACACACGUACACACACACAUCUUCAGUGAGUGAAAGGAAGUCCCAUCUGGAGCGCUUCGAUUUGUCUUUGGGAAGCCCAAGGCUGCCACUGGCUGCUCUAUCGAGCUAUCAAGCAGACAGUAACAAGAUGGCUUCUUAACAAAAGGUCAGCUGAGAAAUGCUGUCUCUGGCGGCACUUUUGUCUGCUUAUGUAGCAACUAAUUGCUUUGUAUUGGCAUAAGCCGUACUGAACCUGCUAGAAAUAGACGUGCAGACUCGCUGCAGGUCUGACUAUGCGGGUUCGGCAGCAAACAGGAUGUGUAAUCUUAUCUUUUUCUGGUUUAGCCCAUCCCAUGGCAAAUUUCAGGGCAAAGCCAUUCCCUCAAAUUCCAAUGGUGAAUGCCAGUUCCAGAUAUUCUUUCUCCUGUGACAGGAACAUCUCCUGCUGAGGUCAGUGUGAACCUCUGUGAAGUGUUAGGGAGAUGUAUCUGCGACACAAUCUGCUGCCCUCAUAUGAGGAGGAAUUCGCUCCGCUCUGAUUUAUCUCUUCAUUAACAAGAACACUGCCAAAAGCACAGACUCCAGCGCUGCCUUUCAGAUGAAGCACUCAGGAGAGGAAGAGUUUGAAAGGGGAGGCGGCUUGGGCGCAUGCACCCUGCUGAAGAAGUCCUGCAUGCACGAAAGGUCCAUGUGCCGACCCCACCACUCCCCUUCCUCCACAUGGUACAUGAGGCAGUCAGAGCUGCUCGCUGGCUGUCCAGCAGUCACUGGAAGAUCACGUAACCUGAGGAGUCGGUGAGACCUGCUUUCCUCACCCCGUCAGCAGGAUUUCUGUGCUGGGAUCGUAGUACCAGGUCCUAUUUGUGCCUUGAGUGCUGCCCACUGUGGGCUGAACUGGUAUUGCCCACGCAAUACAGAAAGGCAGCUUACAGAAGAAUCCCAGGCCUGGAAACACAGCUUUUUGGGGUUUGUUAUUUCCAUACCUUUAGGUGAUUCAUUACGUUAGUGGACAGCAUUUCCUAUUUCCCACUUCUGGAUGCUAAAUCUGUUUCCAGGGCUGCGUGGUAAUUACUACAUCAAAGGUGAUAGUACCCACUACAGUAUGCCCAGGUCUUCUACCAGUCAGACCAUGGCCAGUGAACUUUUCCCUCCUUUCCCCUCUGCGUGCAUCAGAAGCUAUAAGGGCUGAAGCCAGCAGGCAACUUCUCGAGGCCUGGUACAGGAGGGAAUGGUGUCUGUGUGGGAGGUGUAAAGGCUGAGCCCCAGCUCUGCUCUCCCACAAGAUCCACACACAUGCGGUGCACACCAAGGCCAGAGCUGUCAGCUCCACUGCCCUGUCCCUCCCUAUUUCUGAGGUUGGCUGUGGAAACCUGGCCUCUUCCAGUCAAACCAACCAUUUGUGUCCCUUCCCUGUGUGUGUGCUUGUGAGAGACGGACGUACAGACAGAAAGAGGGAAGAGGACAUAAUGACAGUAAAAUGAGAGCUAUAAAGUGGCAAAAUUAUGUCAUUUUUAUACAUCUAUUCAUAUGUAUGUUUCUUCUAAAACACCUAAUAAUACAAGAAGCUUGACUAAGCAAAUUUCUAAUGUGUAGAGAGGUUUGCUCAGAUGUUCUGCAGACUUCACAUGCUGCUCUGUUCAAACCUAUGGAGAAAAAUGCUUUAGGAAAAUGGAGGAAAGCAUCCAGGGCAAUUAUAUUUCUAGAGAAGAAAGAGAGAGCGAGACUAGCUAAGUGAUGCAUAAAGAUUUUAUAAGGCAUCCGUUGUCAAACAAAGGGUUGGGUAUGAUCAGAGGAUAAUGUGCAGUUAGGAUGGCAAACUCAUCAAUAGUUAAGCACAACCUGUCCACUCCUGUUAUGGAACGCACAAGACUGUGAACUGUGGUUCUGGGGGAGCUGUGGCACAGCCGUGUGUCUGCGUCCCAGCUGGGGAGUGGUGCACAGUCCUGCCAGCAGCCAGCAGUUAUGGGCAUGCUGUGUCCUUGUGCCCCCAUGUCCUCAUGUCCCUGUGUGCCUGCAUCCCCAUGUCCCCAUGUCAUCACACUCCACAUCCCCACAGCCCUGCACCGGACCAUGUCCUGUCACCUGGUGGUGGAACGGUUCUGCAGCCUCAGGCACUGGGAUCCUGGCCCUGCUCUUCUUGGUCUGUCCGAUGAGCUGUGAAAUUAAUAGGGCCACUUAAGUUGUACAGACUAAGUCUGAGUUGCUUGUUAUUUUUUUUCAGAUCAUAUUUUUACCUUUUGAUUUCUUUUAUUGUCUUCAUUUUUUAUGACCUCUUGUAUAAUCUUCAGUCAUUGUCUUAGUUUUCUCAUUUCUGUCACCUGUCCCCAUCUCUUCUCCUCUCAUUCCAAGAGAAUCUCUUAUAAAACUGCUCUCAGAAAAGCAACACAUCCUCCUGAUAUUCUCAAUUUUGGAAAGUCUUAUGCAUUCCAUCUGUGAAAAUGGUCACCGUUUGUAAAGUGACAAGAUGAAUAAAGUGGCCACUGAUGUGUGUGUGUGUGUGUCUCAUUUAGCUAUUUAUAAAUAUGAAAUUCAGCAUGCUGCUUUUUCUUGUGCAAAGUUAGGUUCCUAUGUCGUAUGGGGCUACUUUCCAUAAUGCAGCAGUUUCUCAAUGGGCAGCAUCUGUGUUCUCAUCCGUGCCUCCUGCCUCUCUUCCUGUCUGUAAGAAGGGCUCUGUGUCCCAGUUCAGUGCAUGUGAAACAGGUGUGCAAGCAGGCCAACCUGACCCCUAAGCACAGUCAAAAUUUACCCUGGCCAAAUCUCCACAUGUUUUUAUUCACCUGCGAGCAGGUCGCUAUAACCUGUUUGCACCUCCGAUUAUCUCGUCAUAGUGGGCUCAUCCCCAUGACCAAAUGGGCUUGGAGCUUCCUUGUUUUGCUGAGGGCACUUGCUCACCAACACAGCUGUGGUUUUAACAGCUUUGGAUGAGAAGGUCACAUGGGCUGAGAAACAUAGCAAUUUCCCAUGCAGCCAUCUGCUGUGGACCUGGAGAGAUCAGAACCUGGCUGGGGGUCUGCAUGGAGAUGUAAGCUGUAAACUGGAUUUGAACGUUCAUGUAUUUGGGCACCCACAGCGGGCUGGUGGUGGGUUUGGUUGCAGAGACAGAACGCCUAGAAACCCCUCUCUCUGUGGGAGGGUCCCCUCAGCGCAGCAGUGCAGCUAGCUCAGUGCCACGCAGUGCUGUGCCACUUGAGCAGAGCCAGUGGCAGGGGGGCUGCAGCGGGAGGACGGCAAGCUCACUGCUGCCCUGCAGAGCUACUCAUGUCAGCGGGCUGUGUCACAGUGUGUCGCUGGAGCACCCCAUGGGCACAGGGCAGUGGGAAGCCAGGGCCUGGUGGACGUUUUUGCAAGGGCCUUUCUCCAUUUGGAAUGGAUGAGGCGUUCAGUUUUCACUGUUUGUUCUCCAUGUGAGCAAAACGUGAAUGCUCUGCUGUCCCACCUGCAGAACCAAAGCAUGCACUGUGGAACACUGCUGUACAAGGGGAUAUGAAAAACGGCAUCAUGUUGAUCUAAUAAUUGUGACAUUGGUAGCUUCAUAAAUACUGUAUGUACUCUAAACAAGUUUUUUCCAUUAGUAGUCUGAGGGAAUUAAAACUCCUGUUUUUAAUUUGACAUUUCUUUUCUUGUAUUUUCUGUACUGUAACUGUCCUACAGUAUGUCUUUUGCAUAAAAUGCAUAAGGUUUUGGGGAUAUAAAUGGAGUUUUACUCAUACUUUGUCCAAAUACCUCUUGUAAUUUGUAUCAAAAUUCUUGUACAAUUUUUAUAUUAAAGAUUUAUCAGUCACUGA